AUGACCAACCGGCAAACGGGAGUGGACCACAGCCCCGCCAGGCUGCGAGUGGACGAGGCCGCCCACGGGCCUGGCGCUCUGCUCAGCGAGGGCUCGGACACGGUUCUGAGGAUCCCUCCCGAGGAGACAGGCGGCUACACAUCAGGGGCUGAAACACGAGGCGAGCAGGGCUGGGCCCGGGGGACGGAGGGGCUGCCCUGGGGCCAUGGUGUGGGCGUGGUGGUGACUCAGGUGGUGGUGGUGACACAGCACGUCCGCCAGCCCGUGGACCGUGACGCGUCCUCGCUGAGUCACCCGCCGCCUCCCGCGGGGCCCGGCGCCACCUUCUCACGGAGGACUCGCUUCGUUGACCCUCCUGCCUCUCCCUCCACCCCGCGGAACCCAAAGGGCCAAAAGCUUGAGGCCCCACAGGGCCUGCGGCUGGGGUUGGCCAUGAAGCCCUGCCCCGAAGAGCAGUACUGGGACCCGCUGCUGAACACCUGUGUCUCCUGCAAAACCAUCUGCAGCAAUCAGAGCCCACGCACCUGUGCAGCCUUCUGCAAGUCACUCAGCUGCCGCAAAGAGCAAGGCAGGUACUAUGACCAGCUCCUGGGGGACUGUAUCAGCUGUGCCUCCAUCUGUGGACGUCACCCCAAGCAAUGCACACACUUCUGUGAGAACAAGUUGAGUCAAGUGAACCUCCCACCAGAGGUCAGGAGACAGCGGACCGGAGAGGCCUUGACCCGGGCAGACAACCUAGGGAGGUACCAGGGAUCAGAGCACAGAGGCUCGGAUGUGGGUCCAGCCCCCCCAGGGCUAAAGCUGAGUGCCGACCAGCUGGCCCUGGUCUACAGCACGCUGGGGCUCUGCCUCUGCGCCAUCAUCUGCUGCUUCCUGCUGGCCGUGGCCUGCUUCCUCAAGAGGAGGGGGGACCAGGUCUCCUGCCAGCCACCCCCCGGGCCAUGUCGGACGCAGGCCAAGUCCUCCAAGGAUCACUGGAUGGAAGCAGGCAGCGCUGCAGGGGCCACGCCAGAGCCAACGGAGACGUGCAGCUUCUGCUUCGCGGAGUGCAGCGCGCCCGAGCGUGCUGGGGGGUGGGCGCGCCCCAGCCAGCGCGCAGCGGGACAGCCCUGCGUGCGCGCCCCGAACGGCGGCCUCUGCGGCAUCGAGGUCGUGUGCACGCCCGCCCAAGAAGGAGGCCUGGCCACAUGA